UAAUAAUUAACAAUGACCCUAUUCAGUUUCAAGGUGAAUCUGACAAAGUAUGUUGUGAGACUUACGCUACACCGGUUUUAUUUCUCAAAGGAUAUUUGCUUGUAACAGGAAAGGAGUUUUUUGCUGUUAAACCUGUCGGUGUUGUUUGCGAUAUGUUUGUCAUUUAAAGUGGAAACUGAAAGAUAAUUUGUUCUCCGACUGACAUCAGGUAUUUCUGUUGUCAUAACAACAUACACCUUUUACGCAAUUCCACUAUGGCGAACAAAAUGCAAUGUUUUUAGUAAACAAAAAACUCCCAAGAUCCGCUGACAGGUUCAACACAUGCAUUUUAAAGCUCAGGCUUGACAGACUGAUGAAUGGCAAAAUGGCUGAAAGUGGACAAGCUGAACCGGAUGGAGAAAUUGACGCCAGUGAACCACUAACAUUGAAUAGGGACUCACCUUCCUCAAAAAGCUUAAAAAAUGGAAAACACAUAGAAAGUCCAGGCAAGGAUAAGGUUGGAGUUCCUUGGAAGUUUCUAAGAACGAGUUUUAAAGUGGGAAAUGAAAAGAGUCCUUUGACCUCAAACAGCAAAAGGUCAGACAACACCGGCAAUGACCCAAACCAAAUCUCAGAUUCUUUAUUACCAUCUCCAGACUCUCCAGACUUGAAAACUGGAAUAACCUCACAAUCUCCCCAGAGUCAAAAAUCUUCCCUUACCAGAACUAUGUCAGAUUCUGCAGGGUCAAUAACAGGUAGUCUGAUAAAGAGAGGAACAUCACUAAGGCAUAGUUUGGGUCUGGGCACCAAAAAGCUCAAACGGGAACAACUAGAACCUGUUACAGAGGCCAAAACUUUACCUGAAGAGCCAAAUAAAGGGGUUAUGAACGGUAUUAGAGAAGAGGUCAGAGACACAUAUAGUCUACCAGAGAUUCCCACUCACCCUCUGUCAGUAAUGGAGAUUAACAAACUGAUAGAGAUGGAAGUUUUGGAGGAGGCUUAUGUGAACCUGCUGUCCCUGCGUAUGGAGCUUCAACAGGAGCGCCAGACCCAGGAAAAUGAAGAUUGUCCCAUUGAGCUCGUCCAUAAAGAGAAAGAUCUCCAUUUGCUGUAUGGGACACUCAGAAACAAAAUGUCUAAUAUUGUACGCACAUCCAGCACCAUGCCCUCUCGUAAUAAAGAGCUGUUAGUGUAUGUGGCCUACAUUACUUUGGAGGAAGAGACGAGGGAAGGACAACCAGGAGGCAUGCUGGGAUGGAAGGUGGCAUGGAAAGAUGCAGUACGAGAUGGAGUUAGAGACACUUUGAAGAAAGUUCAUCUGGACAGCCCUGAACAAAACAUUUCUUGGUUGGCUGUGCAUCUGGGUCUUCUGGGUAAAGCGGUUGUAAAUGAUUUGGAGACAGUGAAGGCAGAACUUGUGAGCUCAUAUCCAGCAGACUUUAAUGUGUUUGAAACCUAUGUUUCGUGUCAUCAUGAGAUUGUGGAGGAGCAUUUAAAGGGGCUUCAGGAGAAGGUGACAGAACUGAAAGAUCACUAUGCAUUCCUGGAUUUUAUUAUUCAUCGCUACGCCAGUGAGAAGAUAAUGGGCAGCAGCUCCUUACAACCAGAGAUGAAGGAAGAAUGGAAAGCUUUGCCAAUAGACAAGGAUUUUCUUAAUCAGAUCAAAAGCAAAUACUGCAGUCGCUUACAGACUGACAUGAGAAAAUCACUCGAUAGAAUUAUUGAUCUGGAAAAUGAGGAGAUGUGGAUAAACAGGAGAAAACCAACAAUAGAUGAAGGACUCUACAGCUCACACAUGGACAUGGACAUAUGGACGAAUAUUAAAGGACAUGUACAAGGAUCCAGCAGAAUUGAUGUGAACCUUGAGGAGAAAGUUUUGCGUUCCUGUCUGGAGGAACUGAAGCUAUUUCCAAAACGAUUUGAGUCAGCGUUUGUUGAAUGGAGCACUAAUGUGUCCAACUUAUCUCUCUGGGCAGAGUAUCACAUCAGUUACAUAAACAGCUUUAGCGCCCUAAAAGAGCACAUGGAAAGUUGUAAGGGACUUAAUAAGGGCUUAAUUCCACUGGAACAGGUUCAAAAGGAAAUUGAUGGACUGACCAACAGAUUGAUUCAAAGUCUAAUGGAGCCCUUCAAAACAGAUGUCAAGCCUUUUCUCAGGAGACAAAUGACAAGAAAAUGGUUUUCAUUUGAUGAUGAUUUUGCUCAGCUCAUCAGUAAAAUUAAAAGUCUCUCUGAACAGACCAAAUACAUGAGCCCAAAAUAUAAACAGACUUUUGUAAAUGAAGCACACUUUUUUGUGGUGAAAGAAUAUGUGUCUCAACUCAUGAAGAAUAACUACACAUGCAAAAACCGAAAGAAUGAGACAGCAGCCUCUAAGAUCGCUGACCAAUGGACUGAACUGAAAGAGCUUUUCCAAGCCAUGAAUUCCACAUUAGAUUGGCUCCAUCCUGUCGGUUACCAGCUGAGCAAGAUCGUUGGAUGUAAAAAAAGUGACAUAACACACAACCUACAGCCAUUGGUUGAGAACUGUCCUGAUUUCAGAAAGAGUCAUCUCUCAGCUGUGCUGUACUUUCGAGGAGUUAUCAGAGGACGGGAAAAACAAAUUGUACUGCGGCGACUCAUGGAGCUGAAGCAGAGGAUUGGGAAUGAAGGGAAUAAAGAGCAUGUGCUCUUUAGUGAGAUUCAAGCAGCUGUAAACACAGACUGCUUCGCUGGUACACCCUUCACUUGUUUUUCCUUUAUUGUCCCACACGGUUAAUUAAAAAAAGCACUUUAUUUGAUUUGGCUGUAGCCAUGUGAAUGUAAACAGUAAAGUGUGUGCCUACAUACAUUAUUUAUAAUCUUAUAUUAUUUUAAGAUAAUAUUGACAAAAAUCAAUCACAUUACAGUUCUGAAUUACUGUAUGUUACCAAAGCUGUUUAGUUUGUCUUUUUAAGUGCAUCGCAAGUGUUAUAUACUGUAAUUGCAUUGCUUGAAAUUCUGUAUUCGGGUUUAAACUUUCUUUUGGUUUUAACUC